GGUACAGUGCGACUAGGCAACGCUACUCGUGAUGCUGUAAUGCGAAUAUACCUCGCAUCAGGUUCCAAUACCCCCCUAGUACGCUGCCCAAAGUGCCUCUGCAUCAAACCCGACCGAGCGCACCAUUGCAGUUGCUGUCGUCGUUGUGUUCGGAAAAUGGACCACCACUGCCCCUGGGUGAACAACUGUGUUGGCGAGGGAAACCAAAAAUUCUUUGUACUUUUUAAUGUGAGUUCUCCAUUUGCUCUGACUGUCGCGUAA